AAAAAAAAUAAUGGCGAGUGAAGAAACAGUGUUACUUGAUUUCUGGGCCAGCCCAUUUGCAAUGAGAGUGAGAGUUGCAUUAGCCGAGAAGGGAGUUGAGUAUGUUUGUCAACCACAAAAUUUGGUUAAUAAAGGUUCUUUGCUUCUUGAGAUGAACCCGAUUCAUAAGAAAGUUCCGGUUUUGAUCCAUAAUGGUAAACCCAUUUGCGAAUCACUUGUGAUUCUUGAGUAUAUUGAUGAUGUUUGGGCCGAAUCGUCUCCUUUGCUUCCGAUUGAUCCUUACCAACGAUCACAAGCUAGAUUUUGGGCUGAUUUCAUUGACAAGAAGAUAUUUGUUGGUGCCAAAGAAUUACGAAUGGCAGAAGGACAAGAAAAGGAGAAUAAAGCAAAGGAUUUCCUUGAGAAUCUGAAGAUAUUACAAGGAGUGAUUGGAAAUGAGAAGUUUUUUGGGGGUGAUACAUUUGGUUACGUUGAUGUUGCACUAGUUCCAAUCACAAGCUGGUAUAACGUCUUAGAAACAUGUGGGAAUUUUAGCAUUGAGGUUAAUUGUCCCAAAAUUAUGGCAUGGACUGGAAGAUGUAAAGAGAGACACAGUGUGUCUAGUUCACUGCCCCACCCGAACAAAGUUUAUAGCUUCGCUCUGGAAGCCAAAAAGGCGAUAGGGCUUAAGUGAACCCUGACCUUUGUAAACCUCACUUACAAAUAUUCGAGUCAUUUAGGUCGGGUUUGGAUCGAGUCAUUCGUGUCGGGCUAAUUUCAAGUCAACAAAUAUUUAGGUCGAUCAAGUUCGGGGUCGGGUCAAUUUUCAGGUCAAGUGGUCGAGUCAAUUUCUAGUUGGGUCAAGUUCGGGUCAUCUGGUCAGUUCGAGUCGGGUCAAUUUUCAGGUCAAGUGGUCGAGUCAAUUUCUAGUUGGGUCAAGUUCGGGUCAUCUGGUCAGUUCGAGUCGGGUCAACUUUCAGGUCUAAUUGUCGGAUCAAGUUUGAAUCAGGUCAGUUUGAAUCGGGAAUUUAGAUCUUAUGUGGAUUGGGCUGCAACAACAUCACAUGUUUGAUGUUGAGAAUUUAGAGGUGGAGUAUUGUAGUAUGAUUUUUAAAGAAUAUUAAUUUGUUUGCUGUCUUUGCCUAUUAGAACUCGUAUUGCAUUUGGUAUUGAAUAUUGGAUCUUGUUUAUUGUCCAAAGAACUUGUACUCUAUAUUACAUCUGGUAUUGAAUAUGGAACUUGUUUGCUGUCUAAAGACUUCUUGUGGAAUAUACUUAAAAACCCCCCAUUACGCCACGUGACUCUCCUUCCAU